UGUUCUUUCUUUCUACUAACCACCAUCUCGAAAAUGCAGCAAAGCAUCGAUGGCAUUAGAUCCCAGCUCGAAUGGUCGUCUGCGCUGAGCAUCAAUAACAUCCCGCUCCCCACUGAGGAGAACAAGUUUUUGCGCAAGACGGCCAUCAUCGCGACCAUCGGCCCCAAGACUAACACUGUUGAGAAGCUGUCUGAACUUCGUCGCGCCGGCGUCAACGUUGUGCGCAUGAACUUCUCCCAUGGUUCAUACGAGUAUCACCAAAGUGUUAUCGACAACACUCGCAAGAUGGUAGCUGCCGACCCCAGCGGUCGCCCAGUCGCCAUUGCGCUCGACACGGUAAGUUACGUUUGGUCUGCUUGGCAAGAACUCAAGAACGACGUUAAACAACAGAAAGGGCCCGAAAUCCGCACUGGUUUGACGAGAGACGGCAUCGAUUACCCCAUUAAAGCGGGACACGAGUUCAUUAUCUCCACUGACUUGAAGUAUGCUGAGAAUUGUGAUGACAAGGUUAUGUUCGUUGACUAUGCGAACCUACCCAAAGUCACUGCGCCCGGAAAACUUAUCUACGUCGAUGACGGCAUCUUGUCUCUUCUUGUGCUUUCUAUUGACGGUACUAGCGUUCACGUUCGCACUCUAAACAACGGCAACAUCUCCUCUCGCAAAGGCGUGAACCUUCCCAAAACUGAUGUCGACUUGCCCGCUCUGUCGGAGAAGGACAAGCAAGAUCUCUUGUUUGGUGUCAAGAAUGGAGUCGACAUGAUUUUUGCAUCGUUCAUUCGUCGUGCUCAAGACGUCAAAGACAUUCGUACCGUUUUGGGCCCUGAUGGGGCCGACAUUAAAAUCAUCGUCAAGAUUGAAAACGAACAGGGUGUCGAUAACUUUGACGAGAUUCUCGCAGAGACCGACGGUGUCAUGGUCGCACGUGGUGAUUUGGGUAUUGAGAUUCCCGCCAGCCAGGUAUUCCUCGCUCAGAAAAUGAUGAUUGCCAAAUGCAACAUUAUUGGGAAACCCGUCAUUGUUGCUACUCAGAUGCUUGAGUCUAUGACCUACAACCCUCGUCCUACACGUGCUGAAGUCAGCGAUGUGGCCAACGCGGUGCUUGAUGGGGCUGACUGUGUCAUGCUUUCUGGAGAAACGGCCAAGGGAUCGUACCCCAUCCAGUCUGUCUUGAUGAUGGCUGAGACAUGCAUGCUCGCUGAAUCAGCCAUCUGCUAUCCACCUUUGUAUGCCGAGUUGACCGCCAUCCAAAAGCGUCCCACCGCGACCUCGGAGACUGUGGCUAUCGCGGCUGUGGCUGCUGCUUCUGAGCAGAAUGCUAGUGCCAUUCUUGUUCUCUCGACCAGUGGCAACACUGCUAGACUCAUUUCAAAGUUCCGCCCCAAGGUCCCGAUUAUCACUGUCACGCGUAACCAGCAAACUUCGCGACAAAUCCAUUUGCAUCGUGGUUGCUAUCCCUUCUGGUAUCCUGAGCCGAGAGGAGUUCAGGACCACCAGUGGCAGACCGAUGUCGAUAACCGUAUUCGUUUCGGGAUGCGCAAUGCGCUGGCUCUCAAAAUCAUUACUCCUGGAACUACUGUCAUUGCCGUUCAGGGCUGGAGAUCUGGCUCUGGGAAAUCGAAUUCACUUCGUAUCCUGACUGUGCCGGUUGAUGCAGCAGACUUGGAGACGCAACCUUUGGGAAGUUGA